AUGGACAUUAUGCAGACUGAAGCCCUUGAUCAGGUUCACGAAGGGUGCGAAGAUGGGCACUCGAGGCUCUCAUCCGGGGGUGAGGAAAGUAGCUCUAUUGCCCAUACUACCACGAUCGAUCAAGACAGGCUCAUGGAACUCGCAAAGGAACUAUUCCGUGGCACAGUCCCUCGGGCGCUUGAUUUCGAGAUUCUACUCCUGAAACGCAAGGAGGAUACUCUACACCUACAUCAGCGAUUCUCUACCAACGCGGCUGAGAAAGAGUCCCAAGUGCUUGAUCGGAUUAGCGCAGCACGGAAGGAAGCUCGACAAGUUGCUGCUUACACGUGUAUAUCCGAGUACAUGUUUGCCGAGCCACGUAUCGACAGGCAUUUUUGCUAUCAGCGCGUCGUUUCCGAAGCCCGUCUGCGAAAGCAGCCUCUGAAGCUCGUAGAUGUGGGCUGCUGCGUCGGGACCGACAUCAGGCAGCUUAUCCACGAUGGCUUCCCACCAGGCGACAUCACUGGGAUCGAUAUUGAGAAACGUUUCUUCACGAUUGGUUUCGCCCUGUACAAUCAAAAUCGUACAGAUUCCCCCACAACAUUCGUGCAGGCCAACAUCCUCGAUCCCGACUUCACCCGACGAUUCUCUCACCUAAAAGGGAAAUUUGACUACGUGCAUUCCGCAAACGUGAUUCAUCUCUUCGACUACGCAAGCCAGGUAGCCUUUCUACGGGCUCUGGCGUUUCUGGCCAAGCCCGGCGGCCUGGUGUGGGGCAGACAAGUUACAGAGACGGAAGAUAGCCCAACACGAUCGGUAAAGCUGGAGGGCAAAGGAGAAAGAUUCACCCCCGUCGAGUUUAUGCGCAUGUGGACAACGGCAACUGGGUUCCAGGGGCCAGGCAUAGAGUGGACAAGCCGAAUCUAG